AUGGCCUCCAUUAAGCAAGUCCCUACCGGAACCAAUGCCGAGGAGGUGAGAGUUGAAGUGAACUCAUGGGUGGAGGAACAGACGCGCGGCCUUAUCCCCGAGAUUCUUCCACCAGGCUCAGGUAAUGGGAUUUGCAUCAACGCAAAUACUUUAUACUUCAAGGCAAGUUGGAGGGAUGAGUACUUCGACGAAUUAACGACCAGAGAGGAUGUGUUUCAUCUUCUCACUGGAGAUAAAGUCGGUAAGGUACCUUUCAUGACCAGCGGAUAUGAGCACUAUAUUACUGCCUUUGACGGCUUCAAAGCCUUGAGACUUCCUUACCAAGCAAGUAAAGACUAUAAUGAUUUCCGAUCCUUUUCUAUGAUUUUGCUUCUUCCGGAUGCCAUAGAUGGGCUGCCAGCUCUGGCGCAUAGAUUUAAGAUUUCUACUGGGUUUGAAGCCUCCAGUAUUCUGGGGGAACUAGGGCUGACGGCUCUUGCCUCGGAGUCGCAGAUAUAUCAUCAAGCCAUAAUCGAGGUUAAUGAAAAAGACACAACAGCUACAGCUGCAACAGUUGAUGAUAUGGCAUUCUCUAUGGAAGACUUUGUGGCGGAUCACCCAUUCAUAUUUCUCAUCACAGAAGAUGGUGGAACGGUGCUGUUCAUGGGGCACGUACUUAAUCCCCUUGCUGGCUGA